AACAGGCUAGGCAAUUGCAAUCCCUUCCUCUCUCUCCAUGUAAGCCCGAAGCCAAAGCAAAUAAGCGGUCACUUCGAAACCUCCGCUUCCCUUCCAAUGGAGCCUUCCAACCCGUCCUCCAUGCGAGUCCUAAUUCGCCCACCACCCACUUCCUCUUCACCCUUCCAAGCCCCUCUCCCUCCUCCAGAUCCCCCACCACUUUCUUCAUCACAAUCUCGCUCUCCAGAGGGCGUCGUCGUGGUGGGCUUCGUUUCCCGAAGACCCGACCACUCCGCCCGCCUCAUCAACCGCGUCCUCGACUCCAGAGUCUUCGGCUCCGGCGCCCUGGACAAGACCUUCUGCCUGCUGGACAAAGAGGGGGUCAGAGACUGGGACUGGUUCAAGUCCAGGAGAAUCAGCUACUACCACGACCAGGAGAAGGGGAUUUUGUUUUUGCAGUUUUCUUCCACCCGCUGCCCUGCCAUGGACGGGCUCUCAGAGCCCGGAUCGGUUUUUGAUUCGGCCCUGGAGGAGCGCGACGUCGGGGACCUCCAGGGGAUGCUCUUUAUGUUCACUGUUUGCCAUGUAAUAAUAUAUAUUCAGGAGGGGUCACGCUUUGAUAUUCAAACUUUGAAAAAAUUUCGAGUUUUACAAGCUGCCAAGCAUGCUUUGGCUCCAUUUGUUAGAUCUCGAACUACACCACCAUUACCAUCUCGGCCACAUUCUUUGUCAUCCACAGGAACUAGCACAUCAACCACCUCCUCCAACAAUCCUUCUCCAGGCAGAACUGGUGGCACCUUGAGUCGCAAUGCUUCAGCUAUUUCUCUCAUGUCAGGUUUAGGUUCCUAUACCUCUUUGUUUCCAGGACAGUGUACUCCAGUCAUGCUGUUUGUUUUUGUCGAUGAUUUCUCAGAUGUGCCAAAUCCAAGUCCUAAUGUCGAGGAGUCAACAGAUACUUCCUCAUUUAAUCAGUCUUCUAGCUUGAGCAGUUUAGCUAGACCAAGCAUGCCUGUUAAAGGUUCUGUUUCCGUUAUGGUGCUUUCACGCCCUGUGAAUAAAUCUGAAGGUGGUUUUAGGAAGAAGCUGCAUUCGUCUCUUGAAGCACAGAUUCGCUUUUUAAUUAAAAAGUGCCGAAUACUUUCAGGUUCUGAAACUAGUCAUGCUGGUUCAAGAAGUGGGGUUGCUUCAAGUUCAGCACCAUUGUUUUCACUCGAUGCAUCGAGGGCAGUUGUACUGUUAGAUCGGUCUACAAGUCAGAGAUGUGAAUCUCUUGACUUUGCCACUGGCCUUGUGGAAGAUGUCUUCAAUGGAAAAGAAACCUCAGAUUCUCUUCUGCUCGAAACCCAUAGUCAGAGUGCGAUCAAAGAGGAUAUAUCGUCUGUAAAGGAGUUCAUUUACAAGCAGUCUGAUAUUUUAAGAGGGAGAGGGGGCCUGGUCAGUAAUACCAACAGUGGCUCAGCUGCUGGUGUUGGUAUGGUUGCCGUAGCUGCAGCUGCUGCUGCGGCCUCAGCUGCAUCUGGAAAGACAUUUACCACUCCUGAACUUCCAAAUCUGGAAAUUUGGUUAUCUUCCAGUCAAGUAAUUUUGCAAGGAGUGCUCUCUGGAAAAGGUGGGUGCAUAGAUGAAACUGAAAUUGGUAGAAGAAAACCUCGUCUAGGGAACACUGCUGCUCCACCGCGGGUUGAAGGACCUGCUUCGAAAAAUAUGGACCCUCUGGAUGUUGCAGUAUCUUGGUUGGAAUGUGGUAGAGGACUGAACACAAAAUUUUCCACUAGGUGGUGUGAAAGAGCCCUUCCAGCUGCCAAGGAGGUUUACGUGAACAACUUGCCUGCUUGUUAUCCAACUUCGCAGCAUGAAGCUCAUUUGGAGAAAGCUUUGCAUGCCUUCCAUUCAAUGGUUAAGGGACCUGCGGUGCAACAUUUUGCGAAAAAGUUGGAAGAUGAAUGCACACAUAUCUGGAAGUCUGGGAGGCAACUGUGUGAUGCUGUUAGUUUGACUGGAAAACCAUGUAUGCACCAGAGGCAUGAUGUCCAAACUGAUCAGUCAGAUUUAGAAGCUGGGGCCAAGCCACAUUCUAGUGGAUAUGUAUUCCUUCACGCUUGCACAUGUGGCCGUUCACGGCAACUACAAGCUGAUCCUUUUGAUUUUGAAUCAGCAAAUAUUAUUUCCAAUUGCUUUCCAAAUUGUGACAGGCUCCUUCCUGCACUUCAACUUCCAGAAGUAAGCAAUACAGGACCUAUUCAGCUGUCCUCAUGGAGCUUGAUACGUGUUGGGGGUGCAAGGUACUACGAGCCUUCUAAAGGCUUGCUUCAGAGUGGGUUCUCUGCCACUCAGAAGUUUCUUUUGAAAUGGACUAUAUUUCUAGAUAUGCGUAAAAGCCCAAAUGGUUUACCAGAAAGUGCUGUGCAACAUGGUACUCUAACCAGGUCAAAUACAAAACUCAAGGUUGAAUUUAAUGCAGAUAUGGAUAUUAAGAAAACUAGUGUUGCACAGACAUACUUGGGACAUUUGCAGACUGGAGGUGAGCAUCAAGGGAAACCUUCAGAAAACAUCAAGUUUGAUGACAAUAAAAUCAGUUUCGGUAGAGGUCUUCCCAAUUUUAUAUUGAGAAAACCAUUUUCUGCAGUUGUUGCUGGAUCAGCAGCCACAGAUUCAGGAUUCCCUCCUCUCCAGCAGAGUAAGCAAUCUUCAUCAGUUUCCAAUAAGGAUAAGCAAAACAGGGCAAGGGAUCGGAGUGUUGAACAGGCUCAUGCAACUGAUGAUGAUCAAGGAUCUCAAAAACCUGAAGAUAUUUUAUCUGUUCAGCAAACCUUAAAUGGUGUGGAUACUAAUGGCUAUAUAGAUGGUGACCCCUUCUUAAGGAUAGGCAGUAAUGUAGUUCCUGUAAAUGUGAAUGGUGGUGAAGAGAUGAAAAUGAACCCUUCUUUGAAGCAUGUGGUAGCGUACGUUGGAUUUGAGCAUGAGUGCCCCCAUGGCCAUCGUUUCCUUUUGAAUCCGGAGCAUUUAAAUGAACUUGGAUCCUCAUAUUCAUUGUUUGAAGAAUCUCAUAUCAUUUCUUCGGUUGAAAUGUCAGACCAUAAUCCGGCGUAUCCUUCAAACCUACGUAAAAAUGGUGGUCAUGGUAAAGUUCAUCGAAACUCGAAAGUGAUGAGUGCUAGUGCUGUAAAAAAGGAGAAAAACAUGGAUAAGCCAAAGGAGAUAUUGGCUAAUGGCAAGCUAUCUUUAGGUGGGAUGAUUCAGUUCUCUGGACCAGUGAAGGAACAAAUUCAGACAUCCCUCAGUUUAUCAAAACUGCCCAACUUUGUCAAAGAGAUUGAAGGGGGCCUUCAGUCUAUUGGCCUUGAUGAUGGUGGAAGUGCUUUCUCCAUGUUGAAUAGAAAUAUACCGAUCUUCAUCAACUGCCCACACUGCAGGCUUUCCAAGAAAAGGAAGGAUUUACCAAAGAUUAAGUUUGCUGGCACAAUAUCACAGCUUCAAAGGAUUUUUCUGGUCACACCUCCAUUUCCAGUCAUAUUAGCGACAUGCCCUAUUAUACAAUUUGAGGCAUCAUGCCUACCUAUAGAAAAAUUAGAUUGUGAGCAAAAAUUGCAGUUCAGCCUUGGAUGCGGAGUGAACUUACCACCGGAGAGUUUCCUCACACUUAAACUCCCAUCUGUGUAUGGUGUGCAACUGGAGGAUGGGCGUCUACAUCCUCUUAACCCUUUUGAACAUAAACCAGAAUUAACUGCCUGGAUUGCCAAGGGCACAACAUUGCAGGUCAUGUCCAAGGAUACCAGUUUUGAUGAGGGGUUUCAAAAUGUAGUCAAGUUUGCUGAAAGUUAGAAUAUGGCUGCUACAAUAAUCAACAUCUAUGGUGACUUUGCAAUUUGCAGAGGCAGAUUUGUGUGACCUGCUCAUCUAAGCUCAGUCAAGGAUUAGGAUCUUGAUCGAUUAUCAAAAUGUUGCCUUUGGUGAUUGGUGAGCUGCACAACCAGAAGGAUCUGGGAAUCUGAAAUUUUCAGCUGUUGUCAGGUAUGGUUUGGACCUUCUUGGUGCCUUCAAGGAGAGCUUCCUUACCCCAUGGUAUACACUAUAUCUUUAAUUUUCCUCGUCUACGCUAGAUUAGUCAGGAUUUGGUAGAUACUUACAUUUGAUCUAUAAUGUUCUUCAGAAGGAUUUGGUAGAGUUUGGCUUUUAUAAUGUAUUGGUUCACCACAACUCUGCUGGAUCUGAGAUACUAACCACGUGUUUGAUAAUCUGGUGUGUGCGUGCUAGAUAACAUGGCGGAGACUUUGAAAACAGGAUUAUCUUCUAUUUUAUUUUGUUGGAUCACCAAAUUUGAGACACUGCCGCAAUCAUGGUUGGCCACUAGAUCACUGCUCUAGGCUGCCAUGCAACAAUCCGGCAACUCGCUUCGGCUUCAAAACCUGGUGAUCUGUUUCACCAGUCCAGAGAAGCUCUCUUUCUCUUGCUGAAGAAGGGCUUGAGGCUAGCCGAUUUACCACCUUGAAUGGGAACUAUGAAGAUCUUAUCUUAUUUUGUUUGGUUCAAAUUGGAAAAGUGGGUAAUAUUUUGAUCCAGUUUGUUAGUGUAGAUGGAAGCUUUUUAGUCAUGGGAAUGGAAAUAUUUGUAUCUUGGAAUUUAGAGUAUGAAUCAGUGUUAUAUGGGGAAUAGGAUCUUUUUAUCCAAAUCCGACUGUUACUUGGUUAUGAAGAAAAUUUAGAAGGUUUUUUUUUA